AUGGCGUUUCGAGAAGUCCAAAGCCUGCGCAGCCUUCACCACCUUCAGCAGCGAUGGUACACUCCGCCAUCGAGGCGCACGUGGUCCAAGCAGCACUACCGGAUCAGAACUCCUCGUCCAAUGACCGACAGGUUCGAUCUGUCCAGAGUGCAGCCACAGAAGGAGUGGUGGCGAGAGCGGCGAGUGGCUCCCGCCACCUUCUUCGGUUUCCCAGACGUCACCAAGGCCGGCAUGAGAGGUGGAAGCAUGUACACAGAGCAGAUGGACGCGGUCACCCUCGCCGUGCUGGCAGACAAAUGUGUUCAGGAGAAUGUUUGGGAUCCUGAAAUGUGGCUGAAGUUCUCCUGGCGUGCGCAACAGCUUUCAACUCGUACACAGGAGCCCGACCUUUGCUACAUCUUCCGAGCUUUUGCUCGUGCAGAUUGGUUCGACCAGAAUCUGUUGACGACCUAUCUUGGAAGACUUCACCGAAGGUUGCCACAGUUUCAGCUGCCGGAUGUGGCUGUGCUCCUGGAAGCGUUUGAGAACCCGCGUUUCAGGCAAGGCGAGUAUUUGCAGAGGAGUUUAACGCACAUGGCGUUGCUGCUGCAGCAUCGUGAUGAUGCAGCUGUUGAGGAUUUGGCAAGAACAUGUGUUGCCUUGCGCAAUCUGCAUCCACAACCAGCAGACAUCUCGGCCGAGGUGCAAGCCGGCCUGCUCCUGUUGGCCGAGGCUUGGCUCUACCUCGCUAUGGUGUCUUGCGGCGAUGUGGUCCUGUCGUCUCAAGUAUGA